AUGCUUGGUCUAGGUGAAUAUGAAAGCAGCAGCGAGGACGAGGUAGAGCGCAAGGCUCCUCCUCUAGACUCCCAGCCGCAAAAGGAUAUACUACCUGAAUCCUCACAACCUGGCCAGAAUGAAGUUCAAAACCCCAUCGGAAAACAGUCUGAUAUAGCACCGUCUUCUGCUCCCACCGAAGCAAAUGGACCUGUCCUUGGCCCCGCAUCUAUGGAGAUGAUGCCCUCCGAGGACAAGGAUUCGACAAAUGGACGCACAUCUCCCUUCUCGGCUUCCCGAGCUCUGAUCCAAGAUCUUACGCUUCCUCCGGUUCCCAAUCUAGACAUCCCACCGUCGCCUCCCGGAUCUCCAAACCCAGCUGUGAAUGCGAACUUUGAGCAUUUCCUAAACAUCAAAAAGCAAGGUGUACACUUCAACUCGAAACUUGCUAGUUCAUCAUCUCUUAGAAACCCAAGCUUGCUGCUGAAGCUGAUGGAACAUGCCGGGGUCGAUGAACAAUCGCAAUAUGAUACGUCGUUGCCGGCCGAACUGUGGAAUCCGUCCAAUCUACCCGAAUGGGGAUUCAAGGAGGAGCUAUUGAGGACACAACAACAACGCCGCAAGAACCUAGAAGAGAAAAAGGCGUCGGGCCAACGGACUUCGGUUGAUUUUGUCGCCGGGUCUGCCUGA